UCUGACUGGCCACCAGCCUGAUAAAAAGCGAGGAGCAUCCCAGCCACUCCACACCAAGCCUGGGAGGAUUCUGCUCUGCUCCUGCCUCUGCAGCUCAGCUCUGCCCAUGAUGACCACCGUAGCUGUGCCUUUCUCCAUCCUCCUGAUUGCUGCCCUCUUCCCUCAGACCUCUUCAUCUCCAUUUGGGGCUGACACAACUGUGUGCUGCUUCAGCUAUAGAGUACGGAAGCUGCCCCAGAAUCAUGUGAAGGAGUAUUUCUACACCAGCAGCAAGUGCCCACAGCCAGCAGUUGUGUUCACCACCAGGAAGGGGCGGCAGGUCUGCGCGAACCCUGACGCCCGGUGGGUGAAGGAAUACAUCAACUUCCUGGAGCUGCAGUGAGCACCAGGACCCGAGGUGUCUGCCCUGGAGAGCCCAGUGAGUCUGUGCAGCAAAGUCAUGGCGUGGUCCUAGAAACCCCACUGCUGAGCACCAGGGCCAACAGACACCCCAGGGUCCCUGAGCUUCUUUUUGUCUUGCAACAGCAUCAUCUAUACUAUACAAUUUAGCCACCCUACCAUGCAGCUGAGAUGCUGGGGACGUGCCUCUUGGCCUUUCAGGUCUGCUUGGUGCAGGCUGCUGUGCAAAUGUCGUCUCCUCCUGUGCCUCUGCUGCUGGAGCAGGAGGGGACCUUACCCUAAGAGCCACCUGUGGGAUGCAGUCUGUCAGAACGAGGUGUGUGUGCUGUCACAUAAUGCAGGCUGACCUCCAGGCCAGCUGGCUGUGUCUUGCUGUGCUGCAGGAGCUGUGAAUGAGAUGCUGUGAAGGAGAUCCUUCCCUAAGGGAGGAAACAGUACACUGGAUAUUUAUGGGAUGCUCAUUCUGGAACCACACUUGUGCUCAAAACGCUGUGUCUUGC